CGAAACCUUUUGUUAAGAAUAGAAGGAACUCAUCUUUCGAGAUCUUGAUCUUACCUUUUUUGAAACUUAUUCUCAAUAUACUAUAAGGCACAUUAAAGUGAAAGUCUUUCCUAAUAAGAGUUUUUCCAUUCCCUUCAAACCAGCAACAUUUAGUCAAGGAUAGAAGGAUCGCUGUUCGUCCCAUUCUUAGAUUUCUUUUCCCCCCUCAAUUUCAGGAUCAACAAACAUAUUUUUUAUCUAUUUCUUUUAGUCAUUCAUAUAUUCUCUCAUUUCCUUAUAAUUAACGAUGGAAGGAUACCACCAGCAACAGUACAAACGACUUUUCGACCACCUUGAUGAGAACGGGGACAGGAAAAUAUCAGCGUCCGAGUUGCAACAAUGUGUACAUAUGAUAGGUAAAGACAUGUCGUUGGACGAGGCAGAGGCAGCGGUCGCGGCCUAUGACUCGGACAACGAUGGCUUAUUGGAUUUCGACGAUUUCUUGAGAUUAGUGGAAGAUGGUGGGACCGAAGAAGAGAAGGCCAACGAAAUGAAGGAGGCAUUUAGGAUGUAUGAGAUGGAAGGGUGUGGAUGCAUCACACCGGAAAGUUUAAAGAGAAUGCUUGAUAGGUUAGGGGAGAAGAGAACUGUUGAUGAGUGCAGAGGAAUGAUUGCGAGAUAUGAUAUCAAUGGUGAUGGUUUGCUCAAUUUUGAUGAAUUUGUCAUCAUGAUGCGUUGCUAGUUACAUAUCAAGUUCUUUGUCGUCAUUUAUCACUAAUCACAUUGUUUAGAACUUGGGUUUCUUUGUUAACUUUGUAAUAAUGAUAAAUGAUGGCACAUUCUUUCUA